AUGGGAGAAAAUCAGACAAUAGUUACAGAGUUCAUUCUACUGGGACUUGGUCUUGGCCCAAGGACUCAGAUGCUCCUCUUUGGGCUCUUCUCCCUGUUCUGUGUCCUCACCCUGCUGGGGAACGGGGUCAUCCUGGGGCUCAUCUCACUGGACUGCAGACUGCACACCCCCAUGUCCUUCUUCCUCUCACACCUGGCCAUCGCUGACAUGGCCUACGCCUGCAGCACAGUGCCCCAGAUGCUGGUCAACCUCCUGAGUCCAGCCAAGCCCAUCCCCUUUGCUGGCUGCAUCACACAGACCUUUCUCUUUCUAAGUUUCACUCACACUGAGUGUCUGCUCCUGGUGGUGAUGUCCUAUGACCGGUAUGUGGCCAUUUGCCACUCCCUCCGAUAUUCUGUCAUUGUGAGCUGGAGAGUCGGCAUCAGCCUGGUGGGGACUUCCUGGGCAUGUGGCUCCCUCCUGGCCCUGGUCCAUGUGGGUCUCAUCCUGAGGCUGCCCUUCUGUGGGCCUCACGAAAUCAACCACUUCUUCUGUGAAAUCCUGUAUGUCCUCAAGCUGGCCUGUGCUGACACCUGGCUCAACCAAGUUGUCAUCUUUUCGGCCUGUGUUUUUAUCUUACUGGGGCCCCUCUGCCUGGUGCUGGGCUCCUAUGCGUGCAUCCUGGCCUCCAUCCUGAGGAUCCAGUCCACUGAGGGCCGUAGGAAGGCCUUCUCCACCUGCUCCUCCCACCUCUGCGUGGUCGGGCUCUUCUUUGGUGCCAUCAUCAUGUCCAUGGCCCCCAGGUCCCGCCACCCUGAGGAGCAGCAGAAUCCUUUCCUGUUUUACAGUUUCUUCAACCCCAUGCUGAACCCGCUCAUCUACAGCCUGAGGAGCAAAGUAGUCAAGGGUGCCCUUAGGAGAGUGCUAUUCAAGGAGAGUCAUUUCCUGUUGGAGUGA